CUUAUUUCUUAUUUAAAUUAAAGGUUCUUGGUUGAAAAAGCAAUCACCCGUGAUGACAGCAAAAGAAUCAUAACAAAAACAAAAACCCAAACUCAAUUUACUUUUUUUCCAAGAAGUAAAUAUGCAGUUCUUUUUUAGUAAUAAACUAGAAAGCUGUCCCUAUUUAAAGCGAACCCUUUAGGAAAAAAUUCUAUUUUUUUCUUGAUAAAGAUAGUGUUAAGAGGCUUGAAAAAAGGUGCAAGUUACCAAAAGGGGUUCUUGUUUUUCUGCUAAUCUUUCUUUAUUCGUCCUUUUUGUUGAAAAUUUGUGUAUAUCUUGCACAAAAACAAGAUUAGACAUAGUGGGGUUUUCAGUUUUUGUGUGGAAAGUCAUUUAGAGCAGUUUUCUUGAUAAAAGUGGUAAAGGUACCAGCUUUAUCAAAUAUAUAAACCCCCCCCCACCCCCCCCCCCCCCCCAAAAAAAAAAAAAAAGGAAGGGGAUGGAGAUGAUUAAUUAUCAGUUUGGAAGGAGUUCUUAUCAGGAUUCAUUGAAAGUUCUUGAGGCUGAUAUUCAGUAUGCUAAUACUCUGGCUGCUGCAAUUCCAAGAGAAAAGGGUGGAGCACGUCUUCAAAUGAAACUGGCCUACAAUGGAUUGGCUCCUGUGUUUCUGUUUUUGCUCCGUUGGUUAGAUGGUUCCUGCACAUGUCUGCUUCCUGGAUAUCUGAAUUUCUUUCAUGUCCUCAUUUACAAGGUGCAUACAGAUGGGAGACCAAGAAUAUCUAGACAUGGAAGAAGAGCAACUAUUAGCGACUUUUAUGGCAUUAUACUGCCAUCACUGCAGCAGCUACAUUCUAACUUGGUGGAGCUGGACGAUUGUAAAGCUGUAAAUCAUGGCAUAGAAAGUUCUCAGGAGAAAGUGAAAGGAGACUCUAAAUUUUCCAACUUCGAAGCUGAGAGAGAAGAUGAAUGCGGAAUAUGCUUAGAGCCUUGUAACAAAAUGGUCUUACCAAAUUGCUGCCAUGCUAUGUGCAUUAAUUGCUACCGUGAUUGGAAUACUAGAUCAGAGUCCUGCCCCUUUUGUCGUGGUAAUUUGAAGAGAGUUAAGUCAAGAGACUUAUGGGUCCUCACCUGCAAUGAUGAAGUUGUUGAUCCUGAGACUGUUACCAAAGAGGAUUUAUUGCAUUUCUAUCUAUAUGUUAACAGCCUGCCUAAGGAUUCUCCUGAUGCACUGUUCUUGAUGUAUUAUGAAUACCUAAUAUGACAUAAAGUAUUUGAGAUAAGUAGUGUACAGAUAGAGAAAGCAAACCUUCAAAUGUACAUAAUUCUGGUGGGAGAAAUUCUCCUAAAUUUCACAGAGAAAUAACCACCUCCAUGAUUGUUUUUGUGGCGGUAUUUAUGCCAGCUUCAUGAUCAAUAUCAGAUUUUUAUUUCCAAAA